CCGCAGUGCUGCCGAGAUGUCAGUGAGAGCGGUCAGUGUGCGGAACCCUCUGCUGGUGCUGGUCUGCUGGUGCGCCUGUGCUGCGUCGCUGGGGCUCCACGACCCCAACGGCGAUGGCCACGUCGCCAUCUUGCUGGACCAGCGUCAGCACCCGGAGAAGGAUGGCUCCUUCGGCUUCAGGUUCGAGACAGAAAACGGCAUCCGCACCCGAAUGGCAGGGCGCAAUGGAGCCAACGGAGGCACCAUCAUGAGUGGGGAAUACAGUUACAAACAAACUGACGGUAGCACCGUCCACGUGCGUUGGACGGCAGAUGAAAAUGGCUACCGUCCUGUCGUGACGAUCACCGGAGGCUCCGCUGAGAAGGUUGUUCGUAAGCGCUCCCACCCUGUGACUCCUACGCUGCACACCUCCCGUGUCACAAGCCGGGGCAGACGGCAACGAUUAUUGUCGCGCAGAUGAUUUAUUGCAAAGUAAAUCUUAUGAAAGGCAGGGUAACUGAUCAAUUGUACAACUAAUUAGCUAUUCUUAUAGCUACUGUAAUGUAGUAACAAGCAUACACCAUUGCUUACAUAGAGUUUUGCGGUCCAUAACAGCAUACCUUACACAGUGCGUGUGGAAAUAAUAUCCUGGUGGUCAUUUGUUUGUUCUUAAUGUUAUGUGAGGGACUAAUUGUUUUCUUUUAUAGGUUCUAUAGUAUAUAACGCGUGAUUUUAUCAGAAGUACUAAAGCUAAACGGUUGCAUCUGUGCAAUAUCAACUUGUAAAUUAAUUGUAUAAUCAGUGUAAUCGCCCCAGUUUCCGACCAUUACAAAGUUUCUUAACUUGAUAGUGGAUAUUGGAUAAUAUUGUACCAACGCUUACUAUUGAACUUCAUUUUGAAUUUAUACCAUCCAACUUAAUCUGAAAAAUACUCUAAAGCACGGAUCUUUAAUUGUUUUUUGUGUCUGUGCAAUAAUAAUUCAAAAAUCUGUAUUUAACAUGUAAAAAUUUCGACAGCACUUGUUUAACCUUAUAGUAAUUAUCAACAUCUUUAGUACAGCAUAACAAACACAAGAAAUACUGUAUGCUUGUACCAUUAACAACAUAACGUGGCCACAUUGUAUUAAAUUUGUAGAUUGAAAAUUUUGUAUAGUAUAAUGGACUAAUACAUGUGACAUUAACGUCGUAA